GGGCAACCUGUGCCAGUGCCUCACCACCCUCUGGCUGAAGAACUUCCUCCUCAUAUCCAACCUAAACCAUGGCAGAUGGUCUCUGCCAUCCCAUAACUUCACCUACAGCUGAGGAGUUCGCUCUGCUUCUGCAGGGCUUUGGUUGCCUGAUGGAUCGUUGCUGGGAAAUGAGCAGAGUUGUGCUGUCAGGAAAGUAAGGCUUAGGUAAUAAAAUGGCAAACAUAAUUCAGUGUAGAUAAAUGUGAUUCAGAGAGCUUGAAUGUGAGAUUGUGUGCAUCACUUCGUAUAUAAAAUGAUGGGCUGACCCUUAACACUGAAGAAUAAAGUACUGCUGUGGGAGUCAGUCUCAGCAGUGAGCAAAAAGAAGAUCAAACAUGAAGAAGUAUUGGGAAGGAAAUAGAGGAUGAACCAGAACAUAAUUACGGAACUGUAUAAAUCAAUGGCUCUCCCACGUUUUGGAUUCUUUGUGGCUGUUUCUUGUCGUUCAUCUCAAGAGAUACAAAAGAAUUGGAGAAUCCUCAAAGAGAAGCAGUGAGGAUACUCAAGGGGAUGGAAUAGGUGCUGUGCAAGGGGGAGUGGAAUCGGCUCCAUCUCAGCACGGAGGAGGAAUGGCUGGAAGAGAAUGGGAAGAACACACAGUAAUGAGCAGCACAGAGAGGGGCUGGGUGAGAACAGAUCUGCAGAACGAAGGAGCAUCACCUGAACGUGACAGAGGUGCCUCGGAUGGUUGGAAGCACUGAGCUGUCAUUGCUGCUGUUCUUCCCUGCAGACGCUGCUGAAGAUGAAAUGGGGGCUGAGCUCAUUGUCCCACUGCCCACAGCAGUGCUGUUUUACCAUUAGCAAAUUGUGUCCAUUUAAAAACAAACAGACCUUACUAAAACAGGUUCAGUUCCAUGUGAAAUAUUUGCAUUAUGUAGAUUGGAAUUCAGUGGGAGGCUUAUAAGCCUUUCUGCUGGGGCCAUCUUGCAACAUUUCUCAUGAGGUGUUGAGAGGUCAGGAAUCAGGCACUUGUUAGAGGCUUUCCUUGUGUCUACAUUCAAGAGUGCUUGGCUGAAGUCAGUGAAAGCAAAUCGGAGCAUCCACCGACUUCAGUGUAUUUAAAACCCACGUUUGGUACUUCUGAAAAUAAGAUCUGAAUGGGGGUGUAAUCGUGUUUAAUUUUAGGGGCAUUGACUUCACCAACUUCUCUGAGUCCCAGUUUAGAAUAGAGCCUGGAUACCUGCUGGCAUUGCUGCAGAGGCUGCUUGUUUGGCACGAAUACCUGAAAUAUUUCUUCUUGGUGUUGUGACCCAUUUACACUGCGUUGCUCCCAUCUGAGAUGAGAUGGAGGCUGCAGUUCUGCUGCUUCCUGGCUCCUGUAUUGAGGGAGAGCAUUUGGGUGGCUGCUGUCCGUCUGCACCCCAGUGGUUGGGAUGGAGCCGUUGCUGAGAAGCUCUGCCAGCUGGACAUCCCUUUGGGUUUGAAUGAGACAAAUGUCAAAUUCUUUAUUCUUUAUCGAACUCUUCCUCGAUGUACUUUAUUUUCAAGGAAUUUCACUUUAUUUUACCUUGCUUUUCAGCAAAAUGUCUGGAACUGAUGAUUUUUCGUUGGCAGAUGCUUUGCCCGAUCAGUCUCCCGCUAAGACCCCCAAAGUGAGCGGUGCGAAGCCCGGCCAGCAGCCCUCCCAGCCGCCUCAGGGUUGGCCGCCCUCGAAUCCUUGGAACAACCCGAGCGCUCCCCCCGCCGGGCCCUCGGCGCUGCCGCCCAACACCUCCGCUUCCAGCGUGCCCUUCGGACCUCCUCCUACAGGAAUGUAUCCUUCAAUGCCCCCCGGACCGCCUGCUCCAUUUCCUCCUCCUCCUAGCGGACCCUCUUGCCCUCCUCCCGGAGGUCCGUAUCCGCCCCCAGCCGUGCCGGGCCCCGUCCCUCCUGGGCAGUAUCCUCCGCCAAACAUGCCCUUUCCAGAGCUUCCACGACCUUAUGGCGGUCCCACGGAGCCGGCUGCGCCUCCCGCUCCCGUCGGGCCGUGGGGAUCCAUGCCCUCUGCAGCAUGGGGACCGACGAUGGCGGGGCAGUAUCCCGCACCCAGCAUGCCGUAUCCCCCCCCAGGGCCGUACUCUGCUCCUGCCCAGACUCCGGGAGCGGCGCCGACGGUACCGUGGGGCACAGUCCCACCUGGAACGUGGGGACCUUCGCCGCCAGGUCCGUUUCCUCCACCCGCAGGAUCGUACCCGGCUCCAGGACUCUAUCCUACGCCCCCUAAUCCUUUUCAAGUGCCGUCUGGUCCUGCUGGUGCUCCGUCCAUGCCGGGCGGCCCCCAUCCUUACCGUUGAACACGUUCUGGGCAACAAAGUACUGUAGCUUUCCACCUUCAUCCACUACUUACAGAGAUUUUUACAGUUUUUGUUUCAGUAAUGUUUGGGGCUAUGAAGAAUACUUGCCUCUUGUAUGUGCAUUUGAGGUAUGAAGGAGCAAUUUAGCAAUUUGCAUAACAUUAACUUGCUCGUAUGUUGGCGUAAUUGUUUGGUUUAAUGAAAUGAGCUACAGAGAGCAGAAGUAAAACUGAAAUCCGUGGUUCUUACUCUGGCCAAUAUUCCUUGGGAAAAUGAGAGCUGCCAAGUAAGGAUCCUAAAGAAUCAGGCACAAGGACUUGCGAAUCAGAAACAGCUUAAAUUUCCACGAAUGCUUUAAGUCUCGUUGCCGGACUCGUGCUGGUUGUUGAAUGGAUGGAUGGUCGUACCUUGUCUAUUUUCAGGUUAUUCUAAAAUGUCAAUAAAAAGUAUUUCAAGAUUUUUUUUUUUUUUGUCAAGAAAUGUAAUUUUUGAACGUGCUUCAGUAAUGGAAACGACAGAGACGGAGCGCGUGAACUCGAAGGCUUUCUCAGCACUCUGUAAAUCCUGCACACAGUUAAUGGCCCGGUCUGGGACUGCGGAGGAGGAGGAGGAGGCGUGCGUUGAAAUGCUGGGUCUGAGUGGUCGGCGCCCUGCUGCUGUCUGUGCAGUGCAGAGCUGGACGUUGCCGUUCCCUUUCAUGGAGCGCUGUGAGUUUCGUGCAUGCCGAUGAGGACUUCGUUUUGCCAGUUCUCGUUCUGUGGUGGUUGGAGGUUUGACUUGGUCUGUGUAAAGCAUUAACUCCCACGUAGGUAAAGUACCUCCCUAUAUCUAACCUGGGUUCUGGUUGUUUAAAAUUUGACUUGUCUGCCGAGUUGUGUAAACUCAGCGGGUGUUUUCAGAGUCCCUAGAAACUGAACUUGAGCUUAAAAGGUGAAGAAAACCAGCCUGGCCAUUCCCUUCCCAGCAGGUUUUGGCGAGGCUUUUCUUUCUAUCUGCUCCAGCCAUUCCCUUGUGCCAUCCUUACUGCCACAGCUGGGGACGAGCAACUCUCACCGGGGCUCCACUGAACGUGGGAAUGGAGAGCAGCGCUCUGUUCCCGGCCAGGUGCCUGCAUACCUCACUGAGAGCAUAAUUUGGGAUGUUUAGAAGCUGUGUGCUGCUGUGUGGCUGCCCCUGCUCUGGAAGGGGCGCUGCAGGAAGCUUUAUAUUCUUGCCAUAUCUGUGCUGGGGUAACUGCUGGUGCGGCGUUACUGAGGCACAGCCACGCGUUGCUGAGGAACUCUGGUGGCAUUUCAUAGCCUGGAUUUGAGCGUGGACGUUUCGCUUCUCCUCAGGUGGGGAUCUCCUAACUUAGCCUCUGUAGGUAGAAUUAGGAAUCAGUGUUGCUUAACGUGUAGCUCGUUAGGGAGUCUUCGUAUCGUGGAACUGUGAAAGCAAGUUAAUUCGCUUCCUGUACCUUGCCAUGGCUUCCUGCAUGCAUGUGAUGAACUUCAGAACAAGUGGGCUGAGCUGGCAGUGGUGCCUGUUGGCUGUGCCAGCCCAUGGCAGAGCACUGCGGUGUCCCUGCAGGGGAGAGCUGGGGCUCCUUGAGUCUGCCAUGAAAACCGAAGGUACGAGCAUCUCUUGUCUCAGUUAUAGGAAGAUGGCACUGGAGCUGAAGGGAAAUGCUGAACACUUCAGUGUAAAUGCCAGCUCUGACCCUAGGAAUCAGAACCCAAAGUGUCAGUAUUACCUUAAACAAACCCCUUGGCCCCCCAGGCAGCGCACUUCACUUAGAUCUUGGCAAGACCAAUUCCAAAUAAACACAGUAGAACACUGCCUACAUUUGCUCAAGUGCUUUUAAUUUCAAUACCUGCAGCCUUAGGUUAUAAACCAAUGUGAUGAACAACACCUGUCCCAAAGGAGCGGAUCGUGCAGCACCCUCCAGUUCCAAAUUGCGCUCUGUGUCUCUGUGCGGAAUGGGAAGAGGUAGGAAAGGAGAGGGCAGCAAACGUAGCAAGGAAUGACUGCUGGAAGGGGAUUUGUUUUGGUAACCAGGCUUCCAGGUUCUUCCUGAAGUAGGCAGGAUCAAUUACCGGAACAUUUAGGCUAAAAUUCAGUAUAUAUGGGAUGUUUUUUCAAUGUAUAUUCGUAUUUCUUGAGGUCAUGAGAACUGUUUCAUAACCCCUUUGUUUUUGUGAGCCAAGUUCUUUGCAUAGCAGUGAAAAAAAGGGUAUCCCUGUUAAUCUAUUGUGUAAAAACUCAAGUUGUCACUAUAUGCCGUGUAGUAACUUUAUCACAUGUUAUGUCAAGUGUGAGCAACUUCUGGCCUGAAGCUUUUGCAAUGGAAUUUGUCCAUUUCUAUGCAUCGUUUGAGUUAAAUUGCUGAGGAGUUCGUUUUGUGCUUUGAGGUUGACAUACUGCAUUUGUUUACAAUAUGAAAUAUAAGCAAUCACAUCUUUAAAGUAUAGAUUAUCACCUGCUGCUGUAUUUUCUUUAGAUGAAACAAAUAUUGCUGUAUGAUAGUGAGAAGCUAUAAAUACAGGAUUUGAUAUUUUUUUGAAGAUGCUGUCACUUUUGUAUAAGAUUAGACAUUAAACGUAUUUUCAAGAC